AUGCCUCCCGAUUGUCAGGAUCGCAACACGUGUGACUGUGAUAACCGUCGGAUAUGUGCCUUAACAUUUCGACGCGUGUCCUUCUUUAUGGCGUGCUUUCUUUUUGACAUUGCUUUGGGCGCGAGAGUUUUAGGGCGAAGCACAGCUAGGGCUCCCGGAGGAGCGACGAUUCGCCGGCAGCGAAGCUCCAUGACGAGAGAGGAUUUUCCAAUCCACGAAGGCCUCAAAUCUGUGAGUAUCAGCGACGCAUUCACGACAAGCAGCGACGACGAGCGAGCGCCUGAGCAGAAGUGUAAUGAAAUCUCCAAGCCAGAUGUGGAGCAGAAGCUGAGAGGGAUUUUGAGCAAUGCCGGUGUUAGCUCGUUUCACUUCAAGAGAGUCCCUGCGGAUUACUAUGAGAAAACGCUCGAAGAGAGGAAGGAGGUGCUUGGAGCGGCUUCGAUCGAUCAUCUUUGCAAGAGUAUGGUGAUGGUAAACACCCAGGCUCCAUCACACAUCACGGAUUGUAGCGAUCGGAAAAAUUCUAAAUACUACGUCAUAGUUGUCCAGUACAAUGCUCGUCUGAACGCCGAGAAAGUGAAGAAGUUUAUCUACGAUCUCAACGAAGGAAAAAUACCAAAGAAGAGAUUUAACUUGCGGCUUGCACCAGAGGAAGAGUCUCAGAGAUUGUCCGGAUACGAGCACAAUGCUGUUACGCCGAUUGGUAUGCGAACAGACAUUCCUGUGAUUUUGUCCGAUGCGAUUGCCAAUCUAAAACCCGAUUUCUUUUGGCUGGGUGGUGGCGAUGUUGAUCUUAAGCUUGGCAUCAACACUCAAGAGUUUAUCGCCUUGACUAAGCCCUUCGUGAUCGAUUGCACUUAUUCUGAAGGCUGAUUUUUUUUAGUCACCCCGAUUUUGGAAAAGAGAACGUAUCCUUUAUUCGAAACUCAGUUCUUACGUUAUUCCACAGAAUCGGAACAAAUCUCAAGACACUUUUCAUUCUCAUCCUGUUUGAAUUCUUGUCAAAAAGACAUCAAUGCAGUUGGUGAAGCCAAAUUGUAUCUAAUUAUUUGUAA